AUGACGACGCACCACCCCCGCAGACACCCCAUCAUCCUGGUGACGGGCACCCCGGGCACGGGCAAGACGCUGCACUCUGAGAUGCUGGCGCUCGACGCCGACGUGCCCCUGCAGCACCUGAACAUUGGCGACAUUGUCAAGCAGCACGGCUUCCACGAGGGAUGGGACGACGAGUGGCAGAGCUACACGGUCGACGAGGACCGGCUGCUCGACUACCUCGAGGAGGUGGUCAACCCGGCUGAUGGGCCGGCCGAGACGGGCUUCAUCCUCGACCACCACGACCCGUCGCUGUUCCCCGAGCGCUGGGUCGACCUUGCCGUCGUGCUGCGGUGCGACAACUCGGUGCUGUAUGAGCGGUUGGAGGCUCGCAACUACCCCGAGAACAAGAUCACGGAGAACAUUACCGCCGAGAUCAUGAUGACGGUCAUCAACGAGACGCGCGAGUCGUACGCGGAAGAAAUUAUCGUCGAGCUCCAGAGCGACGGCUCGGGCGGCGACAACGAGGUCGAGAACAACGUCGCGCGUAUCGCGCAGUGGGCGACGUCGUGGGAGAAGGACCGCGAGGAGGGCGUGCACGAUGCCUAG